AUUUACUAACAUCCUGUAACUUGCAACGUUUUGUAUAUGUUUGAAAUAUUGAUUUGAACCAAUAAUCAAAGAAAAACUAAACUAAACAAAACUCUGUUGUCUGUUGUUGGAGAGCUACAUUUGUCUGCAUUGCAAUCUACCUGUUCAGCUUAAACAUGGCCGUUACCGAGGAGGAGGAGGGAGGGGUGGACACAGUUGCUGGACCCAGCGGCUCAAGUUGCGUGAUGAAGACAUGCCUCAAUCACAUUGUGGGAAAUGUGUUCAUGGCUGCAAAUAUUGCAGCUGUCUUCGUGGGCAUUUGUCUUGGAAUGGUCUUAAAGUUCUAUUGUAACUUGUCUGAGCACGACCAAAAUUACAUCGACUUUCCAGGAGAGAUCCUGAUGCACAUGCUCCAGUGUAUGACUGUUCCUCUGAUUGUUACAAGUGUGGUCACAGGUGUUUCUGGUCUCAGCAAUGAAGGUUCCAGGAAAAUCCCUUUGCGCACUGCGGCAUACAUUGUCUCGACAACUCUAGUGGCUGUAACCACAGGUUUAAUAAUGGUACUAAUACUGAAGCCAGGAGCUGCCUACUCCAAAAAAGGAACUGAGGAACACGAUCAGGAGUCCUUCUCCACCGUUCAAGCACUGUGUGAUCUCGUACGGAACAUCUUCCCACAAAACGUGUUACGGGCAUGCUUCAGUCAGUACAAGAGUGAAGUGGAGUCCGAUGGAGAUGAGCAAAAAUCAAGCAGGGCAACAAACGACACAGAAAAACAGAAAGGUGAGCCCUAUACUGAAGGAACCAACACUGUGGGCCUGAUUGCCUGGUCUCUUUUUGUUGGCCUGAGCCUCAACAGGAUGGGAGAGGAAGGGAAGAGCCUUGUCAAGGUCCUCACUGUCCUCAACGAGGCCUCUAAAUCCAUCUUCAAUGGGAUACUGUACUACCUUCCAGUUGGUGUCAUGUUCCUGAUCACAAAGCAUGUGGUUGAAGUGCAUGACUGGGAAAAUACCUCCCAACUUGCUAAGUUCAUCGCAGUGGUUCUUCUUGGGCUUGUUGUCCACGGGGUGAUACUUCUUCCUCUGAUCUUCUUCCUGUUCACCAGACAAAGUCCCAUGGCUAUGAUCAAGGGCAUCAGUCCUGCCUUACUGACAGCACUCCUCACUUCAUCCAGCUCUGCCACACUGCCGCACACUUUCAAGUGCUGUGAGGAGCGGCUCGGGAUAGACAAAAGAGUCACUCGCAUGAUGCUUCCCAUUGGGACAAACAUCAACAUGAAUGGAACUGCACUCUAUGAAGCGGUGGCUGCAGUUUUCAUCGCCCAACUCAACCAUAUCCAUCUCAACCUGGGCCAGUUGAUCACUCUUUUGGUGACAUCAGCAGUGUCCAGCGUAGGAGCAGCAGGAGUCCCAGCGACUGGAGCAGCGACCACUAUGUUUGUCUUGUUGGCGGUUGGUUUGCCUGCCCAGCAGGCUUCCAUUCUGGUGGUCAUAGAAUGGAUCCUAGACCGCUGCAACACUGUCUUGAAUGUCUUCGGAGACUGCGUUGGCGUUGCGCUCGUGUAUGAAGUGUCAAGAGAGGAACUGGAAGAGAUGGACGUUCAAGAUCAGGCAAUGCCAGGGGCGGAUGGCAGUGAAGCUGUGGAGCUAGAGGAGAUCCAUGCCCAUGUCAGCACAUCUGACUAAUGAUGAGGUCGAUAGCCCUGUGCCAGUAAAGCCCGAGUGAUGAUGGGCCUACUGAUGUGUCUACUGAUAUAUUUUCUUGACCUAAGGAUUGUGGGGUGGGUUUAGUGUCAGUGUUGGGGUUUCAUAUUUUCAUUUGUAUCUCUUUCUCUCUUUUUUGUUCUAUUUUAAUACAUUUGGAUGCAAUCAAAAGUC